GUUGGCUACAGUGGCCCCCUAUAACAAGCUGCGCGGAGGCUUUUGCAUCCCCAAGGGUCUCCUGCUUCCCUUCCCCCCUGCAAGCCGCUUGUGUGAGCACACUUUCGUAGUGGCAACCUCGCAAAAUGCGUUCUGCUCUUGCCCUCGGUGUCCUUGCCCUCUCGGCUUCCUCUGUGGUCUACGCGACCCCCAAGCCUGUGCCCGUGACCCUCCAGGCGCGCAAGACCCCUAAGGGCCAUGUCAACGGUCUUCGUAGGCGUGCCCUCAGUGCCAUUGGCGUCCACUUGGACGACUUCUUCCGGGGCACGGACCUGCAGUGGUUUGGCAACAUCUCUGUCGGUACCCCUCCUCAGCCUGUCAGCGUCGUGUUCGACACUGGCUCGCAGACACUCGAGUUCGCGUCGACCGAUUGCUCGUCGUGCAACCAGACGGGCAAGUUCGACAAGUCCAAGAGCUCCACGUUCAAGCAGGGCAAUGACGAAGAGACCCUCCCCUUCUCGACCGGUGUCGGCGUGGACCCCGUCGUCGACGAUGACUACGUCCUGACCGUCCGCAGCGCGACGGACUCUGUCACUGUCGGCAACGUCACCCUCAAGAAAGUGUCGCUUUACACGAUCGUCAAACAGACACCCAAGUUCAACAUCGACCCCUUCCUCGGCAUUCAGGGUAUGGGUUCAUCGGCUGAAGGCUUCUUCGCCGCUCUCAUUCGGGACGGUCUCGACUCCCUCUUCAGCUUGUUCCUGACCCCCGAAGCGGUCGGCAACGCUGAGCUGCUCAUCGGCGGCAUCGACGACAGCAAGUUCAAGGGCGACCUCAUCUACACCGACCAGACCGGCAGUGGCGACUGGGUCGCCUCCUCGUCCUCGAUCUCCAUCAACGGCAAGACGACGUCCGUGCUGAACCAGCAGCGCGACAUCAUCUUCGACUCGGGCACCUCCAACAUCCUCUUCUCCACGCAGACGACAGAGGCCAUAUACGCGCACAUUUCUAAGGACAUCAAGCCCUUCGACGCUGAGCCGGGGGCGUACGGCCUGCCGUGCUCGAAGAUCGGGGACUUGCCCGCCGUGAUCGAUAUCACGUUCACGUCGCAAAGCGGCGAGCCGUUCAACCUGACCAUCCCGAGCUCGGAGCUCAACGUCGGCCCGUUCGACAGCGAUCCGAGCACUUGUCAGACGCUCAUUAACGCGUUCGACGGCCUCGACCUCGUCGGGGGCUCCGUGCUCAAGCACUACUACUCCGUCUGGGACGUCGGAAACCAGCGUUUGGGCUUCGCGCCGAACGGGUUCUGACGAUGUUGUAAUGACGAGAUGUAUAUGGACGCACUGUAUCCAUAGCUGUCAAUAGCUGUCAAAUGACACAUGCUCUUGCCUUCGGGUACUGUGGCGGGUAGUGGUAUCACGAGGCCGUCUCUGUUUUCGGCUGCUCUUUCUGC